UUGUGAAGGUGCACUUUAUCUCUCUUUUCUCCUAUUUUAUUCAUCUCAUCUUUGUACCCUUUUGCUUUUUUAACUUGUGACUCCACAUCACACAAACCAGGCUGGUUAUUUGGAAAUGAAGCUGUAUAUUCUACUUGUCUUACUUUGUCUCUGCAUUAUGGGACUGACUGAAGACCCCAGUCCAGGAGCUCCUGAAGUCUUCAGUCCUUCAGAUGAAGAGGAGGAAAUGGAAAAGGAUGUUCAGAAUUGUAGUGGACAGUGGCUGUUUAGUUCUAAGGAACGAAGGGCCAUAGGGGGCGCCAUAGAGCGAUUGGGUUUACAGCUGCUGAAAAACCUUCCUGUUGAUCAACAGCAGCCAAAUAUAAUCUUAUCGCCUCUCAGCUUGGCCUUUGCCCUUGCCCAGCUCACUUUAGGUGCCAGAAAUGAGACAGAAAAGCUGCUGCUGAAGAGCCUCCAUGCAGACAGUCUGCCCUGUUACCAUCAUAUACAGGGGGGCCUUCUACCUCAUUUCAGAAACACAUCUUUGGAGGUGGCAACACGCAUGUACCUGAGACCUGGAUUUGAAGUGAGGCUGUCUUUUGUUGAGGAGUCUCUGGCCAGAUACAAAUCACGACCUGUCCCUCUGGUUGAUGUGGAGGAGGUCAACCAAUGGGUAGAGAACGCUACCCAUGGUCACAUACCUAACUUUCUGGAAAGUAUCCCACAUGAUGUGGUGCUUAUGCUAAUGAAUGCAGUCUACUUCAAAGGUGAAUGGCAAACAAGAUUUGACCCCCAAGCGACAUCAAAGGGAAUUUUCUAUCUGGACAACCAGAACUCGGUGUCAGUGGAUAUGAUGAAGUCGGCCCAGUACCCCCUCCGUCUGCUGGAAGAUCCAGAACUGGAAGCAAAGGUUGCCAGUUUUCCCUUCAAAGGAAACACCAGCCUCUUAAUCGUCAUGCCCUUGCCCGGCGGAAGAAACGUGACAUCUGUUCUACCAGAACUGAAUAUUUCCGACCUUUACAAACGUCUACCUCAGGAGAAAACAAUGCAGGUCAACUUACCUAAGGUGAAGCUGCAGUACCGCAAGGAGCUAGAGGAAGCACUGACCAAAAUGGGCCUUGGUUCUCUGUUUUCGGGUCCAAACCUUUCUGGGAUUUCCGACCACCCACUGAAAGUGACAGGUGUCCGCCACGCCAGCACCGUAGAACUCAGCGAGGAAGGCGUGGAAGCGUCUGCCACCACUGUUAUAACCUCCAUGCGCUCCGUUUCUCUCUUCUCAGUCAACUCCCCUUUCCUCUUUGCACUCGUCGAUGACGCCACCCUGACCCCGCUCUUCAUGGGCAUUGUUACAAACCCCGCCCCUGACAACAACCCAAUGCCCAGUGAUGAUCCCCAUGUUGGGAAUGGCACCCUAAGCGACCAAUCUGUGACAGAGAAUGUCAAAAGAGACAUUAAUAACGAUAACAGCAACAGAUCAUGCAGUGAAAUAGAUCCAGUAGACGGCAGCAGCGUGCAGUCAUGUAGCGCCCCCACUGGUGACAGGGAGUAGCUGCAGCAUGAAAAAUGGACUGGAGAGCAGUGACAGGAAGAAGAAGUAAAUUGAUAUGAAACCUGUUUCAAGUCAGUCAACUGUACCUGCCCAAAGCUGAGAAAUAUAAUUUUUACAUUUUGCAAACAUGAUUGUUGGCCUUUUGCAAAGAGUUGAAAAAAGUUGAUACCCCUCUCAUGUCUGUCAGGUUCAUAUUAAGCUACAGCACGCAACUGGAAAGACUAGCAUUAAGACCGGACACAGGUAAACCGCUCGCUUGGCUCUGCCCAAAACAUAAUAUGCCUAUCAGCACCUCAACAGCUCACUUUUAAAUCAAUCUCUUUAUUUUGUUUUUUUCUGUAAAAAAAUAAAUUAAU